AUGAUGCCCCUCACCCUUGUGGAUGCCUAUGCGCUGGCGCUGAGGACGCUGGACCCCGCCGCGUGGGAGCUAUUUUGUGCACUAGAAGAUCGCAUUCUACACUCAGCCGCGUUUCUACUCGGCCGCGUGGAGCUGACCGCCUUGCGGCCCGCAGUGAAGGACAGCGCAGCGGCUCUUUCACCCACCGCCGCCUCAUGCGUGCAGCCGACCGUGACGUCUGGGGUGCACGACGCGGAGGCGAUGGGUAUCGCAUCGGUGGCGGCGGAGAUGCACCGUCACCUGCGCGAGACGCUCCGAGCAGGCGCUUUACACACAUUCCAGUCAAGGCCCGACUCACCAACGACGUCGGCGUCCGCACGUCUUGUGAAGGAUCUGUCACGCGUGCGUCAGCAGGUCGCCUCAGCGCUGUCGCCGUCUUCGUCUCCGCGCUGUCCUGGACUCGUACUCGCGGAGCUGAGCAUCGUAUGCCAAACCGUCCUAGCGUUGUCGGCGCUGUGGAUGAGCACAAAAUUUUGGGCAACCCUGUGUGAAAGCACCACGCUGAGCGCCCUCAUUGCUUGCUUCCUACGUCUCUCCUCGCCACCGAGCAAGGACGAAACCGUAGCCGCCUCGUGCCUGGAACGCGGCACCGUGGGGUCGGUGGCAAGCGCCGAACGGGGCCCAUGCACAGAUGAUGCUCCGGACGUCGUUCCAAUGGAACUGGCGAACGCGGACCAGCUGUGCCUCGCCUCCACACCGCCGUCCUCAUUCUUGGCUCCUGUGCCCCUAGGGCAUCGCUCGUGCGCGGAGACUUGCAGUGCGCAGGUAGGGGCCGCUGGCGGGCUUGAGGGCGGUGCUGCCUGUGUGUCUAGCGAGAUCAUCAUCAACGGCUACGAGGACAUAUCGUGCAGUCCGCUGGCUCCCAUGAUGUGGCUCGACGGCAGUGCUGCGGAUGCGGCGGAGUCGCUGGCGAGGGACAUCGAGGACGUCGAGAUAAUUUUGCUCCGCUGCAGCGAAUACGCGGUUCCCGUGUGA